AUGGUCAAGGGAGAAGAUCAUGAACAUCUCUUCACGUACCUAUUCGACGACCCGUAUCCGUCACUCGCGUCGUUCAAGGAAGCCGUCGUCACAAAAUCGCAGGCGCAGGACCCGCUGUUCUUCGCCAUGGUUGACAACACGACCUCCAAACCCGUCGGUUGGGCUAGCUUGAUGCGCAUCGACACCACCCAUCGCGUCGUCGAGGUCGGGAACAUCCUCUUCUCGCCUCAGCUGCAGCGCACCAAAGCCGCCACGGAGGCAAUGUACCUGCUGGCCAAGUACGUGUUUGAAGAGCUCGAGUACCGGCGGUACGAGUGGAAGUGCGACAACCUCAACGGGCCGUCGAAGCGAGCGGCGAUCAGGUAUGGAUUCACCUUUGAGGGCGUGUUCCGCAAGCACAUGGUCUACAAGGGGCGGAGUCGAGAUACGUGCUGGUUCUCCAUGGUUGAGGAGGAUUGGUCGGAGAGGGGUGUUAAGAAAGGGUUUGAAGCAUGGUUGGAUGACGGGAAUUUCGACGGACAAGGGAGGCAGAAGAGACGGUUGGGAGAAGUUCGAGGGGAGAUGCAGGGCCAGAAAGGGCCGGUUGUGCUGGAGUUGUAA